UGAUGCUACAUACAUAGUUACAGCUCUACUAGUCAGCUGAUUUCAUUCACAUGACAGCCCUUUCCCACUUUGGGGUGAAGUAAGCCUCACCGGUACUGAGAAAGUAUUUUGGAGAAUUUACACGACGGAAACAUUUGAGUCCAACUUAGUUUAGGAACCACAUGAAGAACAUGAUGUUUUAAGGACAACGGACGUGCUGCAAAGACCGAACUAUGUCACCAAUAACAGACUGAGCCUGGACACAAAGAGGAGCAGCCACAGGGCUUAGCUAAAUAGCUUCAGCAUUGUUGGUAAGUUGACUUUUACAAAUAUCCCUCAAAAUGGGUCCAGAGGGCAAGAAGCUGUUGAACAUCAUUAUCCUGGGCUUCGGCUUUAUGUUCAUGUUUACGGCGUUUCAAACAUGUGGCAAUAUAGAGCAAACAGUUAUCAAGAGCUUCAACAGCACGGAGUUCCAUGGGAGUGGAUACACAAGCAUGGCCAUCAUAUAUGGAGUUUUCUCUGCAUCUAACCUGAUCGCUCCAUCAGUGGUGACUGUCAUCGGGCCGCAGCUAUCGAUGUUCUUCAGUGGGCUCUUGUACAGCGGCUACAUUGCUAUGUUUAUAUACCCGUACACCUGGAGCUUCUACACGGCGUCUGUGCUUGUUGGAAUAGGAGCAGCAGUCUUGUGGACGGCUCAGGGAAACGUGCUGGCAAUAAACUCUACCGAUACUACGAUUGGUAGAAAUAGUGGCAUCUUUUGGGCGCUGCUGCAGUUCAGUUUAUUCUUUGGAAAUCUCUACAUAUACUGUGCCUGGCAUGGACACGUCCACAUAACGGACAAGGACCGUCAGACCGUGUUCAUCUCCCUCACCGUGAUCAGUCUGGUGGGUUGCUUCCUCUUCUUCCUGAUCCGGAGGCCUGACCCUGACCCCGACCCCGCUCCCUCCGAGGCGUCAGAGGCGCUGCUGCAGGGGGAAUCCAUAGAAAGCAGCUCAACAGUUAGCUCGGCACACGUUGGCCUCUGUUCACAAGCUCUGGACGCUUUUGUCAAAGCAUGCAAAAUGUUUGUCACCAAGGAGAUGCUGAUGCUGAGCCUGUCAAUAGGAUACACAGGCUUGGAACUCACUUUUUACAGCGGGGUGUACGGGACGUGUAUAGGAGCCAUGACUCGGUUCGGCCAAGACGCCAAGAGUUUGAUCGGCAUCUCUGGAAUCUUCAUCGGAAUUGGCGAGAUUUUAGGAGGGGGCGUGUUUGGGAUGCUCAACAAGUGGAACCGGUUUGGAAGAAACCCUGUGGUGCUGCUCGGGCUCAUCACCCACUUCAUUGCCUUUUACUUGAUUUUUCUCAACAUAGCCAGCGACGCUCCUCUGGCUCCAGAAGCGGGAACAGAACUGCAGGCCUACAUCACGCCCAGUGUGCCAGUGGCGAUGCUCUGCAGCUUCCUGCUCGGUUUGGGCGACAGCUGCUUCAACACUCAGCUGCUGAGCAUCAUCGGCUUCAUGUUCCGCGACAACAGCGCCCCCGCGUUCGCUGUCUUCAAGUUCAUACAGUCCAUCAUGGCCGCUCUGGCCUUCUUCUACAGUAACUACCUGCUGCUCCACUGGCAGCUCCUCAUCCUGGUCGUGAUGGGUUUCCUGGGCUCCAUGACUUUCUUCAUGGCUGAGGCGAUGGCCGAGUCCACCAGGCGAGAAUCGGACUACGACAGCAUCUGAUGUGAGGCUGGUGAGGAGGACGAGGGGAGGGCACAGCUGGAUGUGUCGUUUAGCCCUCCACAGCUGGAUAUAUCACCCAGGGAUGAUGUUAAUGAAGGUAUCUCAGCCUGACCCUGCGGUAUGAUUCUUGAAGCAGCCUGGUUCCGUUAGUCUUUGCAUUUGUAAGACCUAAAUUAAAAGGGUUUUCAGAGCGAUGUCUGCACUGAAGUUGUGACUAUUUUAAGUUCAAUCUGGCAUCGCUCUCGUUAUUCGGUGCAUAAGCAGUUCAAAUAAAUUGGAACAAAUUCUAAAUAUAAACCUUAAACACACUCGACUGAGGCAUCGAUGCUACAGAUUUGAAAAAAAAGCACUUUUAAUUCACGGUCUAUCAGUGAUAAUAUGAAGGGGGAGGGGGGGAUGUGAUCCCACUGCUAGUGCCUGUAUAAAACAGAUCCAGAGGAAUAAGAGUUAUUCUUCUUUAUGUUUCCACACAAACAUUUCACCAACAUAUUCCUCUCUUUGGGCGCUGCUGCUCAAGCUGCAUGCAACGACUUUAAAAGACAUUUUGGUAUUUUGAAACCUAAUUACUAAUAGGAACAAAAAAGACGCUGAAAGCAAUCGAUGCUCCCGUCGAUUGCUUUAGCCAGCAGAAGUGAAACUAAGCCGUGAUGGCUGCAACAUAAUCCUUUAGGUUAAAGCGUCACCAUCAAAGUACGGCCACUAAAAGUGUGAGUUUUGGGCGCUGACGAGCUGAGAUUGUCGUUCUCAGUGACACCAGACUCCAUUGACAAAAGUGUGAGUUUUACCGUAAAGAACACGGGAGCUGCUGAUCUACCUGUGCUUCGACCUUUAAGCCUGUUUCUAAAUAUGAGGGAUGCGGCUGUUUUUAAAUGAUUAAUUCCAACACAAUACUUGUGAAAUGCUGCGAGGUAAAAUGAGUGUUUUUGUCCAUGGAGUCCAGUGGCUUUAAAAAGAGAAAUGUAAGCGCCGUUUCUGCUGGUAUAUCUGUGAAUACAGACACACUGAGAAUAACACUCUGAGCCUGUCAGCUGCAAAAACAAACACGUUUUGUUGGCACUUUGUUUGAUCUGGUUCAGUUGUAGCCAAUACAGCUUGAUUGCCAGCUGUCAGGUGAAUCAAACUAUGUGCACCUAUAAGACAUUUAGACUCCAAAAUGUGUACAAAAAAAAAAGGUUUUAAAAAUACCAGAAUUCUCUUUAAAAAUGUUUCCACUAGCUAGUUACAUCGCUUUACACUCAGAGCAGCAAAUCAUGGGCACCAAUUCAACAUUCAUUACAAUGUAUAACAGAAAGAAGCCAUGUUUGGGCUCUAUACAUCCGCUAAAACGUAGUUCAUGCUUCUGCACUGUCAAAGACUCUGAUACACUGAAGCAGUUGUGUUGUCAAUCCACUGCUGUCCGCCACCGUUUGCCAAACAGGUUCAGCUGCAGUAACAAGCUUUUCACAGUCUGACGAUGACCUGUAGAGACGGAUAUAUGUUUAGGUUCCGAGGCUCAUCUGGCUGAGUUUGAUUGAAAGACAUUACAGCAAAAUAGUCUAAAGGGAAACAUUGUCGAUAUGUAUGUGUGUUGAAUUCAUUUCUACUCUUCUUAUUUUGUCAUGCUGUUUAUAUGUUCUUGUUCUCUCGUCGUAUACCCUUAAUGCUGUGUAACUGGUUUAUCUGUAAUGAGAUCCAUGUCGGCUUGAGCGCGACCCAUGACUCUGCAUUCCAGGGAACUUUUCAUAAUCACAAGCGGCUGACUGCAUUUAGUUCAAAAGAAAUAAUUUUUUUUUUAUUCCUUGAUACUUUUUCUUGCCUUCUACUUUGAAUUAGAAAACGUUUCAACUGGAAAAGUUAGACAGCUAGAUGGUAGAUUAAGAGGAAUGCCAAAGACUGUAACGUAGGUUGUUUUACCCUGAAUAUAUCAAUUUAUAAUCACUCAAUUUAAGUGAUCUGAUGCCAAACCAAUACAGUGCUAAAAAUGGGCCUUAGAACUCGUUCUUUCCAAACAGAGUUUUUUUUUUGUCAGGGGGAAAUGGCAACAAUGAACUAUAUCAUACAUGCUGUCUUUUUUUUCUUCUUUCUAUUGUCAAUAUUUGAGUGUCAAUACUUAAAUAACAUUAUUCUGGUUAAUUUAUUGCGGAAUAAACAUUAUAGGGGUUGGGUUUUUCCUCAAUCGUUUUGGCGUUGCAACCGAAGUGAAUGCAAUCAAUCUCAUGGAUAUUAAGGGAAAUGCAUGUGAAUGAUUAGAAAUGUGAUUUUAUACUUGAAUGUAGUAAUGAACGGCACACAAACUUUUGCUUGCUUGUUUUUAUUACCAAUAAAAUCUUAUUUUGAAGAAAA